AUGACUAAAAUAAAUAUCAAAAUAUUUUUUUUUGCUUUAAACUUGCUUAUACACCUAAAUAAUAAAUCUUUUGCAAAAGACCAUACUUCAAGUACCGAUGGUGUAUACGAAGAUGAAGAGGCUUUAGUUAAUACUACUUUGGAAGAUUCGAAUCCAUUCAAUGAUGAUACCCCCGAUGGUAAUACAUUCCCUGACGAUACCCCCGCUGACGAUACAUUCCCUGAUGAUACACCAGCUGAUGAUACACUCCCUGAUGAUACCCCAGCUGAUGAUACCCCAGCUGAUGAUACCCCAGCUGAUGAUACACUCCCCGACGAUACCCCAGCUGAUGAUACACUCCCUGAUGAUACCCCAGCUGAUGAUACCCCAGCUGAUGAUACACUCCCCGACGAUACCCCAGCUGAUGAUACACUCCCUGAUGAUACACCAAAACCUACCAGUUCGAAUAAAAAACGUAAAAAAAAAAAAUCACUAACAUCAUACAUUAAUCCUGAAGAACUCCAAAAAUCAAAGGACAUUAUGGACGAAGCUGUAUUUCACUUAAAACGAUAUUCUGAUUAUAAUAAUGGUCAUAAUUGUUAUUAUCUUGUCAGUAAUGAGUUAUAUUUAUGUUUUAUGGAAGAGAACGGUAUAAAAUUUGAAAAAUUCCAUCUUGUAAUCCCCAAUCCCUAUAAGUAUGGUGAAGUAGUAGACAUGUUUAACAAAUUUAAAGGAAUUUCCUAUGUGGGUGACAUCGAUGUUGAAACAAAAACUGUUCGCCAAUAUUGUCCAAAUUUAGAAUUGAUGUAUAUUCGUUAUAAAAGCUUCGAAGUUCCAUUCAGUGGAUAUAGUUUUGUUUUAUCUGCAGAUAUUAAAGGAGAAGACACAACAAUGUUUGUUCAAACAGCAAUAGAUUUAGAUGACCAAAAUACUUUUGAUACCAGAAGAUAUAAAAACGCUAUUGUAAAAAGUGCAAAUUCAUUAAAUAUUAAUGUUAAUGCGAACGAUUAUGGCCAAAUGAAAAGUAAAAAAAAAAUGUUUCCUAAUUUAACUGGACUUAUCAUUCAAAAAAAAAGUGACCACGUUUGUGUUACCUACAUCAACUCUAUUUAUAGUGGUAAAUCUUUGCCCAAAAGUUUUCGUAUCCCACGCCUUAAAGCAAAAAAAAUGGUAUAUUUGGCCAAUUUAAUAAAAGAUACUAUUAAUCAAUAA